AUGUCCACCACGUGUCUUGUCGCAAUACCAUCAGUGGGCCGAAAACUUGAUGUCGUGGAUCGCUGGAAAGCCAUGCGGUUUGCUAUUGUGCUGGAAAACACCACCAUCAUUGCUAGUACUGCAUUGUUGGGAGCAAUGCUGCUGUUGACAGGAGCAAAAGGACUGCAUAAACCAGAGUGGACGUGGCCGUUGACGUUUCUGUUUGUAGGCACACUUAUUUGUGGCGGGGUGGGUCAGGUAUUUAGUGAGGUGCAAACACUUUGCAUCGAGCGCGAUUGGGUCGUCGUCAUUGCACAAAGCAGUGGAGUGGAGCGCUCAAGUGCACUGGCGGGCCUUAAUAGUACUCUCCGUCGCAUCGAUCUUGCGUGCAAAACGUUGGGACCGCUUGCAUUCGGCGUUAUCAUGGAAUUUGCCGGUCACGAUCCUACCAAGCGUGCCAUGAUAGGCGCGUCAACGGUAGCUAUUUGGAACGGCCUCUCCACUCCACUCGAGUACUUUUUGACACAAGACAUCUACAAACUUGUACCUGAGCUUGCAACCAAGGACAAGAACUCGGAGCCUCAGUACGACAGAGAAGAACAGCAGCAAGAUGUCGCAGACAGCAAAAGUAUGUUUUCUCGCUACGCAGCAUUAUGGAGGAAUUACACAAAGCACCCGGUCUUCCUGCUUAGUUUUUCGUACUGCGCCCUGUACAUGACUAUUUUGGACAACGGCUCGCUUAACACUGCGUACCUCAAGUGGAGAGGCGUACCCGAUUCGUUACUGGGAUUUAGUCGUGGUGUUGGUGCAGUGUUCGGGCUUUUAGGCACCGUGUUGUUCUCAUCCUUACGACGGUCGAUUACCCGACUAGAACGAGUUGCAGUCCUAAGUAUUUGGCUCUUCUGGUUGUGCCUUUUGCCCGUGUUGCUGGUGUUUUUGCUGGCUGGUGAAUCGCGCAUGUCGGAUUACGUCAUGUUGGGCUGCAUGAUUGGUGCACGAAUGUGGCUCUGGUGUGCUGACCUCGCCGAGACGCAGAUUAUGCAAGAAUGGAUCGAGCCAGGUCGUUGUGGAGCCAUUAACGCCAUGCAGACGGCCACGUACCAAUUGUUUUUCAUGCUUAUUCAAUUGAUGGGUAUCAUUUUCCACGAUCCAAGUCAGUUUCAAGCGCUUGUCUUCUUCUCCGUUGGCACCGUGCUUGUCGCAGCGGUAGGGUUCACAUUGUGGGAUGUUUGGUUUGGUCAAUAUCGACGUUUGCAUUUGCAGCCGAUCGUAAAGAUUAGACGUACAAACACUACUACGUAA